UCUCUCUCUCUCUCUCUCUCUCAAAGACACGCACACAAUCGACCGGACGUCUGUAGUUGUUUUAAAAUCGAUCGCCCUUACUUCUAUAUUCUCUCAUUAGGUUUGACCAUUAAGGCCAGCAUCAGCUUCUUCAUUUUGCACAUCUCCCAUUUCCUCCAUCAGAACUAUCAAUCUUGCUUUUUCUUCUCUAAUCUCUUCCUCCCCCGAGAGAGAGACCAUCAGAAUUUUCUAUCUGCUUUUUCUUCAUUAAUCACUUCCUACCCCGGAAGAGAGAGAGAGAGAUGGCAGGCAAGGAAGGAGGCUACGUGGGGAGAAGCCGGGUAGUGAUGGAGGACGGUGGUGGCAGCGGUGGUGGCGAUGGAAGAGGAGGAGGAUCCAUGAAGAAGACGAUCAUGUGGUUUCGAGAGAGGAUGACGCUGGUAGCUGUCAUUCUCGGCCAGAUGGUCGCCUUCCUCAACGCCUCCACAGCCAUCUCUUCCACGGAGCUCGUCAAAAGAGGGAUCAAUGCUCCAACUUCGCAAUCAUUCCUCAACUACGCGCUUCUGGCAAUAGUUUACGGCAGCGUUGUGCUUCUCCGGAAGAAAGGGCUCCGCGCCAAGUGGUAUUACUACAUACUUCUUGCACUUGUCGAUGUGGAAGCUAAUUUUCUUGUGGUGAAAGCGUACCAGUACACUUCCAUGACAAGCGUGAUGCUGCUGCUUUGCUGGUCCAUUCCUUCGGUCAUCAUCUUGACAUGGCUCUUCCUCAAGACUCGCUAUGGCUUCAUUCAGUUCUUCGGCGUGGCUGUCUGUAUCGGCGGCCUUGUCGUCAUCGUCUUCUCCGAUGUCCAUGGAGGCGGUGAUAGAACCAGAGGACCCAACCCGCUGAAAGGAGAUUUAAUUGUUGUAGCAGGCGCCACGCUUUAUGCAGUUAGCAACGUUUCUGAGGAAUUUUUGGUGAAAAAUGUUGAUAGGAUUGAGGUAAUGGCAAUGUUGGGCGUCUUCGGAGCCAUAGUUGGCGCAUGCCAAAUAGCCAUACUAGAGCGGCAGGAGCUGAAGUCCAUUAAGUGGACAGUGGGCGCAGUGAUGCCCUUUAUUGGAUUUUCUCUAGCAUUGUUCUUGUUCUACAGUUUGGUGCCAAUCUUGCUUAAGAUAAGCGGAUCUACGAUGCUUAAUCUUUCAUUACUUACAGCAGAUGCAUGGUCUGUUCUCAUUCGCAUUUUUGUGUAUCACCAAAAGGUUGACUGGAUGUAUUUCCUUGCAUUUUUCAUGGUCAGCUCUGGAAUCAUAAUUUUCUCAUGGGCUUCCAGAGAGAAGAUAGCGGCACCUGAUGGACAAAACAGCCUCCAACUCAGUGAAAGAGAUGAGGAGGAUGGCCAACGAAACACUAACACUUAUGCCCCACGAUUUGCGACACCAAAAACAUAAGCAUUAUCUAGUCGUCCACCACUGCAAGUCAUAUCCAUGGGUUCAAUUUGAGAAGAAGGCCUUUUCUUCUCCUCCUUCUUCCUCCCUCGCUUUUUUUUCUGUUUUCUUGUCAUUUCUGCUUUGAUUUCUGUUUUGGUUUCCUUUUCUUUGAAGCUGUUUAAAGAAGAUAUGCUUUUCAGCUAAGAAAACAUAUGCGGUUUGCUACUUCAAGUUUACCCCGCCAUGUAACUGCUUUGAAAUGGGAAGGCGUUCUCCAUUACGGAGAACAGGUCUGCAUUCGGUUGGCCUCCGUCAUGUACAGGUCAUGCAUGGUUUGUGCAGGAACGUUUCAGCAGUGGUUGAGUUUUGUUAUGACAAUCCAGUAAAGGUUCCAAAGCCAUGGCUUAAGCUUUGUGGGACAUACUCCACAAUUUCCUUUCGUUUUUUUCUCGUUUAGCGUUCAACGUGAAGAAAAUGGUACCUUGGUGCAGCUUCUUUUUAAAGAUGAGUAGGUGAAAAUAAGUAUGCUUCUCCACAGGUCCAUGCUCCCCUCGUUUUUAGUAGAAUAUUGUUCUCAUUUUUUAGCACUCUUCAUAGAACCCUCUGUAUCAAUGAGAACCGAAAGUCAAAUAUCCCAGCGAAAAGACACUAAAAGUGACAAAACAUGAUCCAGCAAGCUUGAAAUGAAACCAAAGUAUGAUCCGAACGCUAGUGUGAAUAUAAGGGCGCAACAGCCUUAGAAAGCAGGCGAGUGAUUAUGACCCGACACCAAGGACUGUUUUAUAAACUGCCCACAGGAGACCUCAAACUGCUAGUCAACGAUAACA